AAGCUGUCCUGGUGUGCUCUAUUUUCCCCGACUCUCGAUGAAUGUUCCCUGGCUCCUCCCAGGCUUGCUGUUAUUGACAGCUGCAUGGCUAAUGCCCUGUAGCUCUCCGGGCGGAGAAACAAAAGCAGAUUUCUCCCCCACCUCUUCAGCAGAGAGCAUAAAGGCAAUGCUUUUGUGCUUCCCCAAGCAUUGCCAGAGACAGGCUGAGCGUGCUUCGUGGAGGGGACUCAUCUCUGCACGGAACCCCGGCGUGGAUGGGCAAUCUCCACAAGGGAGGCUGUGUUCAUUAGGUCCCACCUGGAGGACUCAACCUUUGAGCCAGGAUGCAUCGAAUGAUGAAGGAAGAAUCAAGCUACAGGACAAGUAGCCUGGAAAAUGCAACGCGUGACACAAGCAAAGAGCAGCUGCAUGUGAAGCUCUGCAAUGGGUCCUGCCAUGCUGAGCAAAUCCUACAGACACUGAACGCUUACCGGCGUGGUGGCAUCUUCACAGAUGUGGUGUUGUUAAUUGAUGGGCAAGAAUUCCCCUGCCACCGUGCUACUUUGUCAGCCAACAGCACUUAUUUCCGGGCAAUGUUUGGUGGCAAUCUCAAGGAAAGCCACCAGAAUAUCAUCAACAUCCAGAAGAUUUCUGCUUCCACCAUGUCUCUCCUUCUUGACUAUAUGUAUGGGGGGAACAUUGUCAUUCAGGAAGACAAUGUUGAAGGCAUCUUGGAACUGUCUGACUUGCUGCAGAUCUCCAAGCUUAGGGAUGCUUGCAUCAGCUUUCUUGAAGGCCAGCUUCAUCCCUGCAAUUGUUUAGGCAUCAUGAAGUUUGCUGAUUCGUUCUCCAUCACUUCCCUGACAGAAAAAAGCAAGAGGUUCAUGCUGGAGUGUUUUGUGGAGGUGUCGUGCCAUGAAGAGUUCCUAGAGAUGGAUGUGAAGGAACUGGUUGAGUAUUUGUCUGAUGAGCAGCUGGUAGUCCCCAAGGAGGAGGUGGUCUUUGAAGCAGUCAUGCGCUGGGUACGACACGACAUACCUACCCGGAAAGGAGCCUUGAAGGAUCUCCUUGAGCAUGUGCGUUUGCCACUGCUCAACCCCACCUACUUCCUGGAGAAGGUGGAAAUGGAUGGGCUCAUCCAGGACUCAAAGGAGUGCAUCCCUCUGCUGCAUGAAGCCCGCAAGUACUACAUCCUUGGGAACGAGGUCAGCUCUUUGAGAUCAAGGCCCAGAAGGUUCAUGGAGCUGGCAGAAGUUAUCAUCAUCAUCGGGGGCUGUGAUAAGAAAGGCCUUCUGAAGCUGCCCUUCACUGAUCUCUAUCACCCAAAGAGCAGGCAGUGGACGGCCCUCUCCAGUGUGCCUGGCUACACCAAGUCAGAGUUUGCUGCUUGCACGCUGAAGAACGAUGUCUACAUAUCAGGGGGACACAUCAGCAGCAAUGAUGUUUGGGUGCUGAGCUCCCAGCUGAAUGUCUGGAUCAAGGUUGCUUGUCUGCAGAAAGGCCGAUGGAGGCACAAAAUGGCAACUCUUCAGGGCAAGGUAGGUUUUGAAACAAGCCCAUUUGGAACAGUCUUCCCUUUUUCCCAAUUCCCACAAGCUGUGAGCUCGGCAGCCGUGGUCUCCUGCCUGAACAAACUCUACGUGCUUGGUGGUGCUGUGGAUGACACUGCUAACACUGACAAGGUCCAAUGCUAUGAUCCAGAAGACGACAAGUGGACACUCUUGUCUCCCACUCCUUUCUACCAGAGGUGCAUCAGUGCCGUCUGUUUGGACAACAUCAUUUAUGUUGUAGGUGGGCUCCUCAGUAAAAUCUUCAGCUAUGAUCCAAGGAAAGACAGCUGGCGAGAAGUGGCUGCCCUCCCUGGGCCUCUGGAGAGCUGUGGCCUGACGGUGUGCGGAGGGAAGAUUUACAUCCUGGGUGGCCGAGAUGAGAACGGGGAAGGCACAGACAAAGCAUUCACAUUUGACCCUACAACAGGGAGUGUGGAGCAGCAGCCCCCGCUGCAGCGCUGUACCAGCUACCAUGGCUGUGUCACCAUCCUGCAGCACAUGAACAGAUGACUGCGGGGCUUUGACAGCAUCUUUCUCCUAUCCAGAUUCUCCCCUUGAGUCAGUGGCCACGUGUGUGGACAGAGAGCAGUCUCUCUGCAGGGAAGGGCAAUAUAAGCCACUGAAGAUGUGCUCCCACCAGGCCCUGAGCAACCUGUGUUUUGGUUGUUUUUUUUUUUGUUUGUUUUUUUUUUCUUUUUUCUGGGUCUGAUGAUGCCAAUGGUUUUGAUGCUGAGAGGUGAGAGGAUGAAAGAGUGCUGGGCUGUGUGAAAGCUGCAUUGCAGACCUUGCCACCCUCAGAUUUAAGCAGGGUUGUGACCCCCUGGAACUGCUGAGUUUGACUUCUUUUAGGUUUCCCUGAAUCGUAGAAUGGUUUGAGUUGAAAGGAACCCCUGAAGGCAUCUGAUCCCACCACCUGCAAUGAAUGGGGACACCUACAACUCCAUCAGUGCUCAGAGCCCUGUCCUCACUGCCCUUAUUGUAAAAUAACUUAUUCCUUGGAUGGAUGUAGAUCAUGGUUUUCUGUACUGUUGGUACAAGGAUAUGUAUUUGCUUCUGUCUGACACCCAGGACUGUUACAGACACAAUUACACUUACAGGAUCCAAUUCUUCAGCUCUCAGGUAUCUAUGCAUUUAACUCCAUAGAGCCCGUGUCAAAUCAUGCUUGCCCAAACAGUUGUUGAUGCCCAUGAGCAGUUAGUUCUACUACAGUGGACAGCUGAGUUUGGGACCUCAGCUGAUAUCCCAGAAAAAUUUCUCUGCUAAAUCCCUGAAAGCCUGGUUAAAUAGGCCACACUCUGAGUCCAUUCUGCAUAUACUGCAGGGUCUAUCUCCUGAAAGCUCAGGGUGCUGUCUCUUCUAUGUGUUUCAAGAUUAGGCUGCUGUCUUGCUGAGACUCUGUCAUUGAGAAAAAAAGUGAAUCAUGUAGCCAAGAGGUUCUUCUUCAGAGACCAGUGUGAGGCAAGUUAGAAUGUGUAGGACUUUAAAAAACAAAAAACAACACAAAAACAAAACAAAAAAAACAACCAGCAUCCUGAAGUGUGAUAGCCGCAGAACUGCAUCUGGCUCCUUUUGGCUUUGAAGGAUGCUGACAACUAGGAAAAUAAAUUCAAUAUUCAACAGAUUUGACAGAGCGCCCCUGGGAGCCUAAUGUGCAGCUUGUCUCAGGGCACAUGUUCAGUAGCACCACCUGUGCUGCUCCAGGGUUUUGACCUCAGGUCCAGAAGUGAUUCUGUGCAUGUUUGAUUUGGUAGAAUAUCCAUAGCCUCUGGUGUGUCUUAGUCCAUAGUUGGAACUGAUAUUUUCUGAUGGGUCCGUGUAUCAUAGAUUGGGCUGGGUUGCAAAGGAGCACAGUACUCAUCCAGUUCCAACCCCCUGCUAUGUGCAGGUCACCAACCAGC